AUGCUUGAUAAAAACAGUAAAAAUGAAUCUUUAAAUACCACCACUAAUGACGAGCCAUUUUAUUUCUUUAGAGCUUUAAGAUAUGUUAAAAAUACUUAUGAAGAGUUAGUAAAAGCAGAAAAAAAAUUAUUUGGUGAAUCAUUAUAUUCAAAGUUGAUUCAAAAAUAUGUUCCAGUUACAAUGGAAAAUGGUCAUAUUCAUACGAUAACUUUAAUAGAUGAAGAUGUUAAAUAUAAAAGUGACAUUCCAUUAGUUUUAGUUCAUGGAUUUGCUGCAGGAGUAGCAUUAUGGAGUAAAAAUUUGGAACAGUUUGCUAAAAAAAGAAUUGUUAAUGCUUUUGAUUUACUAGGUUUUGGUAGAUCUUCUAGACCAGUUUUUGAUACAGAUGCAACAUUAGCUGAAUUAGAGUAUGUUCAAAGUAUUGAAGAUUGGAGAAAAAAUAUGGCAUCAUAUGCUUUAGAACACCCUUCAAGAGUUAGACAUUUAGUAUUACUUGAUCCAUGGGGAUUUUCAGAAAAACCACCAAAAUCUGAAAGACAUAUCAGUGUUCCAUCAUGGAUGAAAGCAGUUGGUACGGUGUUAUCAUUAUUUAAUCCAUUAUCUACUUUACGAGCAUCUGGAGGUUUAGGACCAUAUUUAGUAGAAAAAAUUAGACCAGAUUUAGGUUUAAGAUAUGGAACUGAUGAUCCUCAUAGUAUUUAUGAUUAUAUUUAUCAAUGUAAUGCUAAAGAACCAACCGGUGAAAUUGCCUUUAAAAAUAUGAUGUCAAGUUUUGCUUGGGCUAAACGUCCUAUGAUACAUAGAUUUGAAAAUUUAGAUUCUAAUGUACCUGUAACAUUUAUAUAUGGAAGUAAAAGUUGGAUAGAUCCAGCUUCAGCAUAUGAAAUUCAAAGUAAUAGAUCAAAAUCAUACACUGAUGUAAUAAUUAUUAAUAAUGCUGGUCAUCAUGUUUAUGUUGAUAAUGUUACUGAAUUUAACGACACAAUAAUGGAUGUAUUAGAUAUUAUACAAAGAAAUAAGGAUAUUCAUAGUAAUUAA